AUCACAGCGCGUCACCAGCAGCUGACCCGGCAGCAUGUGGCGGACCGGGGCGACCUUGGUGUUCGGAGCGGGACUCGGAGCGGCGGCGAGCCGUCUGUUGAGCGCCGGAGGCUGGCGUGAGGAGGGGGGAGCCGGCCUGAUGAGCCGGGUCCCGGUCAUCCCGGUACCGGGAGUCCCGACGGUGCAGGCAUCAGAGCUGCAGGUGAGUCCAGGUAGCUCAGGAGCUGUGAUGAAGUAUGGCUUCCCCUCACUGGGCAACAUCAAGACCAGAGAAUCCUACGUCACCUCCUACGACCCCCGCACGCGCACUGCAUCCUGGGUAAUAGAGCGGCUAAACCCCGCCUCCCUGAGCGGACUGUCAGACAGGAAGUACUGCGAGUUCAAAGAGGAUGACAGCGUUCACGCUCUCCACCGAGCGACCAACGACGACUACAAGGGGAGCGGGUUCGACAGGGGCCACCUGGCCGCAGCAGCCAACCACAAGUGGAGCCAGAAAGCCAUGGACGACACGUUCUACCUGAGCAACGUGGCUCCACAGAACCCUCACCUGAACCAGAACACCUGGAACAACCUGGAGAAACUCUGCCGCUCCCUCACCAAACGCUACCUCAACGUCUACGUCUGCACUGGCCCGCUCUACCUGCCCAGGCAAGAGGCUGACGGGAAACUCUACGUUCGAUAUCAAGUGAUAGGACGAAACCACGUCGCCGUGCCGACACACUUCUUUAAGGUGCUGAUCCUGGAGCAAGCAGAUGGCAAGGGGGUGGAGCUCCGUUCGUACGUGUUACCAAACGAACCUAUCAGCGAGCAGGUUCCUCUGGAGCGUUUCCUGGUUCCCAUAGAAACCAUCGAGCGCACGUCGGGACUCCUGUUUGUGCCAAACAUCAUGAAGAGGACCGGCGGCGGCGUGCGGGCCAUCGCUGACAGAUGAGCUGCGUUACCCACAAUCCUCUGCUUCAGACUUCCUGUGAUCACAGAUCAAUAACGUUCGAACGUGUUUAUGGACUUAAUUAUGUGAACUAUCGGUGUGAGCAUCACUUCUGAUCGAACAAACACAACAUACCAAAACAAUUUUAUUUCAUGUUACAAAGCACCUUCAAAAUAAAAGUCUUUUUUUUAACCCA